GCGGCGGGCGGAAGUGAGGUCGUGGGCUGCGGUGUCUGCGCAGCGUCGGCGGUAGCGGGGGCCGCGGCGAGGCGGGCGGGAGGCAGCGCGGGCCUAGCGGUCAGCCGCAACCGAGCGUCGUCUGGGCACUGCCCGUCGCCGAGCCACACGCCGUGCCGGCUCGGGCCGGCGCGCGCCGGUCCCGGAGGCGCAGGCUACCUACUUGAAAUCAUGAAUCCUGUUUAUAGCCCUGGGUCUUCUGGGGUUCCCUAUGCAAAUGCCAAAGGAAUUGGAUAUCCAGCUGGUUUCCCUGUGGGCUAUGCAGCAGCUCCUGCCUAUUCUCCUAACAUGUACCCUGGAGCGAACCCUACCUUCCAAACAGUGCUGGAGAUUGAACCCAGGGUCUUGCACAUGUUAGGUUACACUCCUGGCACACCUUACAAAGUGUCCUGUUCCCCAACCAGUGGGGCUGUGCCGCCAUACUCCUCCUCCCCCAAUCCUUACCAGACGGCUGUGUACCCAGUGAGAAGUGCCUACCCCCAGCAGAGCCCUUCCCCACAGCAAGGCACGUACUACACACAACCUCUGUAUGCAGCACCUCCUCACGUCAUUCACCACACCACGGUGGUGCAGCCCAAUGGCAUGCCAGCGACCGUCUACCCUGCUCCCAUCCCUCCUCCUAGAGGCAGCGGGGUCACCAUGGGCAUGGUUGCUGGGACCACAAUGGCCAUGUCAGCAGGUACCCUGCUGACUGCUCAUUCUCCAACUCCUGUAGCCCCUCACCCAGUCACUGUCCCCACAUAUCGAGCCCCAGGAACACCCACCUACAGCUAUGUGCCCCCGCAGUGGUGAUCGCCCUGCAAAUUAAUAUGUGAGGAUGGAGCUGUGCAGUCACUUCAUUGAGUCCCACAGCUGGUGCUGCAGGCCUUGUGCCUCCAACCAGGACUUUCUUCUUAAUGCUCUCGACACUUAGCUAAACAUGACUGCGUCCCAGCCCAGCAGGUCCCAGCUCGCUAGUCUCCAACUAACUCUGUGGGUUGGUUUUAAAGCAAAUCCUGUUUUGUGGACUGCCUGGCAAAUUUUUUAGCUAACUGUAAUGAUAAAAAAGGGAGUAUUAUUCUAUUCUGAAUCAUAUCUAGUUGAAUGCAUGUUUAUAAAAACAAACAAAAAAGCUUGCUCAAUCUACCUGCAGUGACUGAUGCAAAACCCAAAGGACGGGACCGUGUUCUACAGCCUGUGUCACUCACGCACCUCUGUCAUGUAUGCUGAGUCUCAGUUACACUCGUGCAAGGGAUGUCCUCACUGAAGCGUCGGGAGUGCUGGAGGGGACUCUUAGGGUGCUGGGUUUGCCAGUUAUGGACAUAGACUUAGAGUUUUCAGCAGCCUGGUUUUUUGGCACUGACUGAUCCUGGAGGGAGCCGCAGGGACUGGGAGAGAGUGUGAGCCUGCAGCAGCCCCAGACAGCAGCAGCAGCAGGGAUAGUAGGGUCCCUGCUUCACUUCAGCUGGAGUGUGCUCUGGGAAGCAGGGGUCUCCCUGAAGCUUAUCAGGAAGUCUAGGAGCGUGGCGAGCAGUCCAGCUGGGGUGAAGCGUGGUCUGUGUGUCAGUAGAGCAGUGUCUGCCAUCUGAGUUCCCACUGUAUGUCUUACAGGAUAAUGUCUUUUGUAUCUGUUGGGACUGUUGGAAAAGUCCAUUGUAGAAGUAAACUGUCUUCUUAGGAGGGAAGAAGUCAAAGAGAAGAAGCAGCCGCACUGGAACGGUGGUGUCUUUUGCUUUAUUUCGCUUAGGGAACCAUUCCUAAUGUCCCCUGAGAAUAAUGAGUCAGCUGAAAAUACAGGCGCUGCUGUACUCUCCCAUAAAGACUAAAGCUGGGUGCUGUGGAGCGCGUUGUACAUGGAAGACUGGUUACAAGGGAAUAAGUGUAUUUUUAAGUUAGUUCCUCAUGUUUCUUGUAGAGAAGCAGGGCUGUGAUUAUGUCUAAAAAUGUAGAAAUAAUGUAGCUUGUCUUGGGGUCAUUCACCUGAGGAUGACCUGUCCUCUGUGAUUAGUAGGUGAGACCUGGAAAGCCUGCAUAAGUGGCUUUGCCACUCUUCUGUAGCUGAAGGCACUCAGUACCAAGCACAUGUGGAAAGUGGAAAGUGGAGAGGCCGGGCAGUUCUGGAAUGCACUUGCCUGAAAGGCUCUGUGGUGGGAAAGAUUUUGAGUGUGUACAUAAGAAAUCAGGAGGGUUCUUUUCACCUGAAAAUAUGCCCGACUUGAAUCUAGGAGAGUGUUUCUGUUCAGUAUGGGUCAAAGGGGCAGGACACGAGGACUUUUCUGGGAUCUGUCAAGUGGGGGUGUGCUUUUUAUCUUUUUGUUUAACCCCAUUGAAUUGCUGGGGCUUUGGAAGGGGUGCUUGUCUCUGGCAGCUAAGUCAGGGCUUCCAUGUUGGUGUGGAGGUCUCCUCAGUAGCAGUCAGCUUAGCUAGUGGGUGGGUCACCUGAAUAUUGAACCUUCGGUGACCUUACUUUUAUAGUAAUGCUCUCCAUAAUUUUUUUUAGCAUUUUAUUUUAUGAGAAGUUUAUGAAGAUUUCUGCAUGAAUCAGUGUGAACAGAAGGUUUCUCAUUCCCAGUGUCCAUGAACAUAGAAUGUUUAUGGAUGAGUAUGUUUAAUUGCUUCGUGAGCACUUAAGAGAGAGUGCGUGUGUGUGAGUGUCUGGUGUGGUGUGUGUGUGUGUGUGUGUGUGUGUGUGUACGAGCGCAUGCGAAUGCAUCGGGGGAGGGUAGCCCAAGAAAGCACACACUGCACAGAGAUAGAAACCUUUGCUGUGGCACAUAGCUUGCAUCCGUGCUUCUGUGUGGGAUCCCACCCCUGUGGUGGAUGGUGUGCAGUGUUGGGAGUGUUCCAGUCUCCCAGACUCCAUAGACAGAAGGUGGUGUCCAGUGAAUAAUCACGAUCAUUGGGACAAAAGUACCUGUGAUUUUUGCAUGUGUUUGAAAAAGUCCACUCACCCACUCCCAACUGAGCAUAGCUGUCCCCUGCCUGGAAACUCCGCAGGGAGCUCCCAAGUCUUUGGACCUACCUGCAGCUGCACACAGUGUGUGCUUCCACAGGCCCUGGGUUCUCAGGAGAAAGAAGAGCGGGGUUUCUGCCCUCCUGCUGAUCACAUCAGCCUCACACACUUGCUCUGGGACUGUGUAAAUGGAAUGACCAUCAACACCUCUGAUUUAUAAAACCCGUCUGUGUGUAGAUCUUUUCUGUCAUGAAGCCGUCAGGUCAUUGCUGUGGAGUCUGCUGGGGAAAGAUCUUAGUGAAAACCUGAGCACAUGGAUGGCAGUAAACUGUCACAGGUGGUGACUUUAAAAACAUUCAGUUCUAGUAAACUUAAGGAACAGAAUUGGUUCAGUACAGACACCCCAAAACAUUGAGAACAUUCCAAGAAAGUGCUUUUUCUGUGUGUGACAUUCCUGACUAGAGGUCAUCAGCUGAGUCGACAGGCAGGCAGAUUCUGAUACUCUGAGCACUGACCUCACUGCUAAGGAUGGAUGGAUGGAUGGAUGGAUGGAUGGAUGGAUGGAUGGAUGGAUGGAUGGAUGGAUGGAUGGAUGGAUGGAGGAGUAUAUAAAGUUUAUUUUCUGUUCCUUCCCCUAGGCUGGGGAGCUUUGUUCCUCUGCUGCUGCUGUUUGCAGUUUAAGGUUGUGGAGUACUGAACCUGUGAGCUCCUUGUCUCAGGAGAAGUAAGCCCACCGUCAGGAUUAGGCCAGUGAGGCUGCCGGCAUGGAAGUGGCCUCUGGAGCUGUUGUCUCUUGUGGUCUUCCUUGGGAGACCUGUUGAGUGGCUGUUGGCCUGCCAGUUGCCAUUCUGGGGGUAGUGGCUUCUGAGUGUUUUGCAGAGGCAGUGUUUUCAGCAGGCGGGGAGGUCCCCAGUUCUGGAUUGGUUGUCGAGUGUCCUGCCUUCCCUCAGCCGUACAUCUGGUGUCUUACUGUAUCUGGAUUUGUUCUGAUGUGGCAGAGGGCUAAAGGAGCAGACUGGAUGGUUUAUGUACAGUAAGAGGAAAAUCGUUCUCGGGGAAACUGGAACUCACUGGCUUCUGACUUGGGCCUUUAAGUAUGCCUGGGGUUGGGAGAGGUUGGCCAAGCACCAGCCUCAAACAUUGGGGCUGCUUCAGACUUCCUCAGUUCCCCUUCAGAAUAUAUUGGAGUAUAGUAUUACUGUGGGGCCACCUCCCAGCAGCUGACAUCUGUACUUGUGUACCUGGCACUGCCGAGUGGCACAGGACCUCCCAGGGUGUGGUGGCAAUUGUGGCAGCUACUGCCCUUUCUCCUGGUGCUUUCUGAGGGUUGUGGAGGGCAGGAGUGCAGCAGAGCUUACUCUCAUGUCCAGCCACCCCAGGUCUUUAUCUCUGGAGUUGCUUGCUCCUGCCCAGUUUUCUGUGUUUGAUGGACUGAUUGAUGAUGUUGUCUCAGUAGGAACAGUAACAUUAAUUCCCCAGGUCUUAAAGGAUUCUUCUCUCGUCCCUACCCCUCCCUGUUCACUGACGACCAGAAAGCCUGUGGAGUAAGUCUGACUAGCACUGGGGCAUGGGAGGCAGCAGCUUUUCUGUUCAGGGACUGCAGUGGCUGUACAUGAGAUGUGAGGGCCCGGUGGGUACACAGGCAGUUCCCAGGGAAGGGCAGUGGGUGGGUCUGGUGCAGACUAGGCAGUCAGACUGGGGGACUGGCUUCCAGGGGGGUUAUUGUGGCAGCUGGAGGCCCCAAGGAGCCUGAUAGGCUGUGAACAGAAAGGGUUCUUUUUUUAAACUUUUGUUUUUAAAUACUUUUUUACACUGUUGUUGGUACUUUUUUUUAUGCUUAAGUCAGCAUUGUCUUCCAGUGUUAAAGGCAUCCCUUGCCUCUUCAUGGACCUUACGUGUCAAUUCAAAGGAACGGGCAGACUGUCCAUCCCGAGCCAGUUCAGUUAGAUGUAAAUUCAUACUGUUUUAAUUUUUUAUGCAAUCUGAUGAGUAGAUGAGCUCAGAUUUAAAAUCCUUAAAAGCACGUUUAUUGUAACCAGAAUUGUUAUGUAAUUAAUACUGCAGUUUUCAAUAAAGAUUGACUUGUGUUGCAUA